UUUUGCGAAUGCUGACAACAUUAGAAAUCCAUAUCUUGACAACAACGUAAUAAGCAUGACAGACUUUGCAGGGCAAGUGGCAUACUAUGCAUGUCACCAGGUUUACCUGUCAAGAAGAGCAUUCUACAUCGUGGUCAUUGACAUGUCCAAAAAUCUUGAUGAAGAAUGCCGAUUAUAUGACACAGAUCGUCAUGAUCCAACAGGAUCCUUAUUUCAUUCAUGGACUUACGGAGAAUACUUCCAUUUUUGGCUACAAACAAUAAAUACAUACUGCAAUGACGGAAUAACACAAAAGGAUCCGAAAGACACAACAGCAAUCAAAGAUUCCAUGCCAAAUGUCAAUUUACAGCCGGUUAUUCUUAUUGCCUCCCAUAAAGACCAGCUGCAGGUCGGAACUUGUAACACAUCAGAAACAUUUUACAGCCAGUUGGAUGCGUGUUUAUCUAAAGAACAAACCCUUAAACAGCUUAUAAUACCAUAUCGAUAUUUUGAAGUAGAAUGUCCACCUGGAGCAUUGACUCAAAAGCAACAGAUGACAAUUGACCGCGUUAAGAAAAGUAUAGUAGAAACUGUACAAAAUCUACCACAUUGGGGGGAAGAAGUUCCCUUGAAAUGGUUUGAACUUGAGAAAAGUCUUAGCAAGAGGAAAGCAAACGGAGAAAAGGUUCUGAAGUGGUUAGAAUUGAAAGAAGCGGCAAAAUCGUUUUCAAUAGACGAAGAUGACUUUAAUGAUGUUCUCCGUUUCUUACAUGAAAUAGGAAAAAUCCUAUACUUUUCUGUGGAUAAGCUCAAAAAUACGAUCAUCAUAGAUGUUCAGUGGUUUGUUAAUGCAUUCAAAUACAUCAUAACUGACGAGAAGCAUUUUGCUCGGGAAGACAACAUAAACGUACUAGUUAAUACAGGGAAAAUUACUGGGCAAUACAUUCAAGAGAUAUGGAAAGAUAUCGAAAGCCAUCGUGAUGAACCUUGUGCUGAUACAAACCUUAGUGUUGAGACUGAUAGACAUCAUGAUUCAUUGUGUCAAUCUUACUUAAAUCACAAAGAUGAAAUUCUACAAUACAUGGACAAACUUGGCCUGAUGACAAGAAUUGAAGGACAUCUAUGCGCUGACAAUGAGGAGAUAUAUUACAUUCCGAGCAUGAACCGAACCGACUUUUCCAUUGAAAAUAAAGAUGAAAUCAGAGGAAAACAAAAAUCAGCAAUGAUGGUAUACUUUUUCAAGUCUUAUUUGCCCCAUUUUUUCUUCUUUCGAUUAGUGGUAAAGUGUUUAAAGAAAUGGAAAGUUUGCGAUGAAAAUUCUUUUUUUAAAAAUGCUACACUUUACAAGGCUGAAGAAGCUGGUCAUUAUUUUGCAAUCGCCGUUAGCAAAACAUCCAUCCAGUUGCAAAUAUUUACACGUGAUGAAAAAGUGAAAAUGGAUGAAAAAUGCGUCAAGAAAAUCAGACAAACAGUGGAAGACUUUAUACAAGAAAUAACAGAAACCUUUCACAGGGGAAUUAUUUAUGAUAUUGGUUUUUCAUGUAGCGACAUAAAAAUUACAGAUGAAGAUGAAGAUUUCUUUUUGAAAGGGACAGACAUUAAACAAGAAAUUGGGAAUUCGAAUGAAAUAACCUGUCCAAAACAUUUUCGUGGUAAUUACAAGCACAAAAUAGAUGCAGGCAAAAUACGUGUGUGUUUGUUGGAGAGAAAGUCCACUUCAUUUUCAAGUGACAAUUAGAAUUUUUUUUUCAAACUGUCAUCAUAUUUUGAAAAAAGUGUUGUGCUUCUGUAGAUAAAACGUUUUUCCCAAGGGACAAAAAAAAAGAAAAAAAAAAUAGACACACAAUUUUAUCUUGAUAAAGUAUAUUCUUACCUUUUAUCUCUCUAAAUUUGAAAACUUUGUCUUAAAGGUACAACUUUAUUAUAUUGUAUAACAUGCAUGCGAUAAGCAUCCUCCUUUAUUUAGUAUUGUUUUUUUUUUAUUGUUCUUUUUGUUAGGAUAUAUUAGCAUGGUAACCAUUACCCACAGAAAUAAAAUUAUCUGUACCCGGUUUAUGUUUGUGGCUUGAGAUCCUUCAAUCUGAACGAGUUUUAAAAUAUUAAUAUGGCUGUGUCCUUUUGGGUGCAUUAACUUUUAUGAGUGAUAUGAAAGUGAUCAUUUCAUUACAGAGAGAUGCAUUUAAGCCAUAUAACGUUUUGUGAUGCAAUGUUGUUGUCUAAAUUUGUAAGGUCAGGCUUUAUAUACAUUAUUUCUGUACUGGCAAGCAACCUUUAUUUAUCACUUUUAGAAUAUAAAA